AUGGGCAACGACCGCUGGAAAACCAUGGGCGGAGCGGCGCAACUCGAGGACGGGCAGCAGGAGAAGGCGCAGAGGAUGAGCUGCGGCUACGUGCUCUGCACCGUCCUGCUCUCGGUGGCCGUCCUGCUGGCCGUGACGGUGACGGGCGCCAUCCUCUUCAUGAACCACUACCACCCGCCCGUCACCGAGUCGCCGCCCGUCAUCAGCACCAACCCGGAGGAGGCCAACGCCUUGGUGACCAUCGAGAGGGCCGACAGCUCCCGCAUCAACAUCUUCAUCGACCCCAACUGCCCCGACCAGGCGGGCAGCUUCACGCGCCUCGAGGGCCUCCAGUCGUCGGUGCUGCGCACCCUGAGCGAGCACGACGCCGAGGCCAAGGCCACCAAAGGGCAGCAGAGAGCCCUGCUGGCCACCGUGGCCGACGAGGUGGCCAAGCUGCUGGCGCACGCGGCCCAGCUGCGCGCCGACUGCGACGGCCUCAAGAAGGGGCACGGCGCCAUGGGGCAGGAGCUCAGCGCCCUGCAGAGCGAGCAGGGGCGGCUCAUCCAGCUGCUCUCGGAGAGCCAGAGCAACGUGGCGCGGCUGGCGAGCUCGGUGGGCGACGUGCUGGACACGCUGCAGCGCGAGCGCGGCGCCGCGCGGCCCCGGCUCAAGGCCGACCUGCAGCGCGCGCCGGCCCGGGGCGCCCGGCCCCGCGGCUGCUCCAACGGCUCCCGGCCCCGCGACUGCUUUGACAUCUACGCGAGCGGGCAGCAGGAGGAUGGCAUCUACUCCAUCUUCCCCAUCCACUUCCCCUCGGGCUUCCAGGUCUACUGCGACAUGAGCACGGACGGCGGCGGCUGGACGGUUUUCCAGCGGCGCGAGGACGGCUCCGUGAACUUCUUCCGCGGCUGGCAGGCCUACCGGGACGGCUUCGGGAAGCUCACGGGCGAGCACUGGCUAGGGCUGCAGCGGCUGCACGUGCUCACGGUGCAGGCGAGCUACGAGCUGCGCGUCGACCUGGAGGACUUCGACAACGGCACGGCCUUCGCCCGCUACGGCUCCUUCGGCGUCGGCGUCUUCUCGGUGGACGCCGAGGAGGACGGAUACCCCGUGUCCGUGGCGGAUUACUCGGGGACGGCAGGAGACUCCUUCCUCAAGCACAACGGCAUGAGGUUCACCACCAAGGACCUGGACAACGACCACUCGGAGAACAACUGCGCCGCCUUCUACCACGGCGCCUGGUGGUACCGCAACUGCCACACGUCCAACCUCAACGGGCAGUACCUCAAGGGCCACCACAGCUCCUACGCCGACGGCAUCGAGUGGUCCUCCUGGACCGGCUGGCAGUACUCGCUCAAGUUCACCGAGAUGAAGAUCCGGCCCGUCAGGGAGGAGAACUAGCCGCUCGGCGUGACCCCCCGGCCCGCCCCGUCACCCCCGUCCUCGGUGCCAGCCCCC